AUGAAAAGUUACAUUCCUUUUGUCCUGAACUUUACAAUCCCCGAUUUAUUGUUGGCUCUGGAGCUGGGGAUCUUCGUUCAUCCGGAUCCGAUAUUUCCUUUCCCUGGCGCUUAUGUCAGAGGGCUGUUUAGGCAUUUCGGGAGCUUUGGAGGGAAGUUUUCGGUAAGUUCUUUAUUGUAUACUCAUAGCUUUGCGCUUUUCUUGGUCUAUAAAACCUUGUCUUGGAAUAAAACUAACAAUUCAGUAAAAAAUCAUCGUCAAAAAAGGUUUAUCUUGGCAAUAAUUAACCUGUUUUUAGAUGGCUCUAAUGUUCAACACAGUCGCAUUCGCCAUUUCUGCCCAAUGUUAUUGCAUUAUGUACAGAUAUGCGAUGUUGAUGGACGAUUUGAGGAUCUUUCAUGGGAUGCUACGGCCAACAACCUGGAUUUUUGUGUACAUUGGCAAGUUUACAUUCGCUGGGGUAAAUACUUAUGUGCUCUAUAAAAUGACGUUGGAAGGAGAUGUGAGUUCAGACAACCAAAUAUUUAUCUACUCUAAUCAAAGGCUGCGACAGAUGAUAUGAUCUCAUUGUAUCCUCGGCUGGCCUCCUCGUAUGAGGGACUCAACAUUCCAGAUAUCUCUAAUUCAGUGCUGAUUUACAUGCAAGAAUCGGUGGAUGUCUUCACUCUGAGUGCUCUCGCUGUUGUGUUUAUAGGGUUCUUUACGGCGGAGUUUGUGUCGGUUGGUUGUAUAUAUCACAUUUUGAAGAAAUUGGAAGAAAAACGAAGGAAUUUCACUGAGCGUACAUAUCGACUGCAUAGGCAACUGACAACAGUGUUGGCGUUUCAGGUAAAGACCCUUUAGAUGGGCGUUAUGUAGACUUUGAUGGCUAUGCAAAAACAUGGUGCUCUUUUCAGCUGGCAACUCCGGUUCUCUUCAUCAUGUGUCCGAUUACAAUAUCUCUGGUCUGCCAAAUUUUGAACUCUGGUUUCAACGCCAGCCUUGGCCAAUAUGCAAUUCUUUCGCUGGAUCUUUAUGGGGCCGCUAAUUCAUUUAUCACAAUUUAUUUCGUGAAACCUUAUCGAGUUUACGUCCUGCGGAAAGUCAGCAAACUGAUUACCUUUAUAAGUUGUGGUCUUUACACAAAGGAUAUGAUCGAUGUGAACCUAGAAGCGACCAGUCGAUCGUAUAACCAGCCAAGAAAGAGGGCCAAUUCGGUCAACCCGGCUUCGUUCAAAGCGGAAAUGGCGUUUAAGCCAAGGACGUCCAUACAAUGCCCAUAUGUUUAUUGA